AUGAAUUACUACGAUAAAAAUAUAUAUGGAGAUGCUACUUAUUACAAAAAGCCAGUUAAAGAAAUUGAGGAAAAAUGGAAACUUGUUCCAGCAUUCUUAAAAAUAAGAGGUUUGGUAAAACAACACAUCGAUUCUUUUAACUACUUUAUAGCAGUAGAAAUUAAAAAAAUUGUUGAGGCAAAUAAUAAAGUAAUUUGCGAUGCAGAUCCACUUUUUUAUAUCAAAUACACAAAUGUGCAAGUUGGAACACCAGAUGUCGAUGAAGGUUUUAAUAUUAGUAAGCCAACUACACCACAUGAAUGUAGGUUAAGAGAUAUGACCUACUCGGCUCCAAUAACUGUAGACAUUGAGUAUACCAGAGGAACGCAGAGACUUUCAAAAACAGGUCUUUUAAUAGGAAGGAUGCCUAUCAUGUUAAAGUCCUCAAACUGUGUAUUAAGUGGUAAGUCUGAAUAUGAAUUAGCAAAAAUGAAUGAAUGCCCAUUGGAUCCAGGGGGCUACUUUGUUGUAAAGGGUCAAGAAAAAGUAAUUUUAAUUCAGGAACAAUUAACAAAAAAUAGAAUGAUCGUUGAAGAAGCAAAAUAUGGAGUUCAAUGUCAAGUAACCAGUUCUACUCAUGAGAAGAAAUCUAGAACUAAUGUAUUUGUUAAAGGGAAUAAAUACUAUAUGGGUCAUAAUACUUUUACAGAUCCAAUUCUUAUUUCUGUAGUUUUCAAAGCUUUAAAUGUGAUAAAUGACCAGGAAAUAUGUGAAUUAAUAGGAAUAACCGACGUCCACAAAUUAACUCCAACAUUAGAAGAAUGUCAUAAUCUAAAAAUAUAUACUCAAGAUUCAGCCUUGGUAUACUUAGGAACAAAAUUGGUUGUUAAACGUUAUGUUACUUCUGCUUCCAAAAUAAAAACGCCUGCAGAUGAGGCCAGGGAUUUAUUGGCUACAACUGUUUUAGCUCAUGUUCCUGUUGAAGAUUACAAUUUUAGAUUAAAGGCUAUUUAUUUAGGACUAAUGGUAAAAAAAGUUAUAGAGGCUCAAACAGAUGAUAAGUUGUUAGAUGACAGGGAUUAUUAUGGUAACAAAAGGUUAGAAUUAGCUGGAUCGCUUAUUUCUUUAAUGUUUGAAGACGUCUUUAAACGAUUUAACUGGGAACUAAAAGCGAUUGCUGAGAAAACCAUUCCAAAAAUAAGAGCAACACAAUUUGAUGUAGUUAAAUACAUGAGAUCUGAUCUAAUAACCAGCUGUUUAGUAUUUGCCAUAUCAACAGGAAAUUGGACAAUCAAACGUUUUCGAAUGGAAAGACUGGGAGUUACUCAAGUUUUGUCAAGGCUUAGUUACAUUUCAGCAUUAGGGAUGAUGACUAGAGUAAAUUCUCAAUUUGAAAAAACAAGAAAAGUUUCUGGACCAAGAUCUCUUCAACCUAGUCAAUGGGGAAUGUUGUGUCCCAGUGAUACACCUGAAGGAGAGGGUUGUGGUUUAGUGAAAAAUUUGGCUCUCAUGACACACAUUACAACUGAAGUGGAUGAAUAUCCUUUAAUAAGGUUAGCCAGAAAUUCAGGAGUCCAAGAUAUUAAUAUGGUAGCCAGUUUUGCAAUACACUCACCAUCAACUUACAUUGUCUUUCUAAAUGGUAAUAUAUUAGGAAUCACCAAAAAUUACAAAAAACUUAUCAAAGUGUUUAGGAUGACUCGUAGAAAAGGAUACAUUUCUGGCUAUGUAUCUAUUUACCCUAGUCACUUACAUAAAUGUGUAUAUAUAAGUUCAGACAGUGGAAGAUUGUGCAGACCAUACAUUAUAGUUCAAAAUGGUGUACCUCUUGUAACUGAUAAACACAUUAAAGAACUUGAAAAAGGUAUAAGAGGAUUUGAAGAUUUUCUACAAAAUGGUUUGAUUGAACUUUUGGAUGUAAAUGAAGAAAAUGACAGUUUUAUAGCUUGUUAUGAAAAAUUUAUAAACAUGAAGACAACACAUUUAGAAAUAGAACCAUUUACUUUACUCGGUGUUUGUGCUGGUUUAGUUCCAUACCCACAUCAUAAUCAGUCUCCUAGAAACACAUACCAGUGUGCUAUGGGAAAACAAGCUAUGGGUACAAUUGGCUAUAACCAAAAAAACAGAAUGGACACCUUACUCUACAAUCUUGUAUAUCCACAAGCUCCUAUGGUAAAAACGAAAACCAUCGAACUAACAAAUUUUGAUAAACUUCCUGCAGGUCAAAAUGCUACAAUAGCAGUUAUGAGCUACAGCGGUUAUGAUAUUGAAGAUGCUUUGAUUUUAAAUAAAGCUUCUGUUGAUAGAGGGUUUGGUCGUUGCUUGGUUUAUAAAAAUUCCAAGUGCAUAAUGAAACGAUAUCCAAACCAGACAUUUGACAGGAUUCAAGGCCCACUGAUUGAUACCGUUACUGGCAAACCAACGUCGGCGCAUUCUUGUUUAGACAAUGAUGGAAUUGUUGCUCCCGGGGAAUUAGUGCAAAACAGACAGGUGCUAAUAAACAAAUCAAUUCCGACAAUAUCUACAGUCCCUGGCAGUACUAAUACUUCUAUUGAGUAUAAAGACUGUGCAAUCACAUACCGAAAUGAUGAACCUAGCUAUAUUGAGAAAGUAUUGAUCAGCACAAACGAAGAAGAUACUACUUUAUUAAAAGUACUGCUUAGACAAACUAGAAGACCAGAAAUCGGUGACAAAUUUAGUUCUAGGCAUGGUCAAAAAGGUGUUGUUGGUUUAGUUGUUGAACAAGAAGAUAUGCCUUUCAAUGAAUACGGUAUUUGCCCAGAUAUUAUUAUGAAUCCUCAUGGUUUUCCAUCUCGAAUGACUGUGGGGAAAUUAAUAGAAUUGUUAGCUGGAAAAGCUGGUCUCGUUGAGGGUAAAUUUCAUUAUGGAACUGCGUUUGGUGGAUCAAAAGUUACAGACGUAAGUGAAGAACUAGUUAAGCACGGAUUCAACUAUCAAGGGAAAGAUGUAUUUUAUUCGGGAAUAACAGGAGAACCACUUGAAGCUUACAUUUACUCCGGACCUGUUUAUUAUCAAAAAUUAAAGCACAUGGUACAAGACAAAAUUCAUGGAAGAGGGCGCGGUCCAAGAGCGGUCUUAACUAGACAACCAACUGAAGGUAGAAGCAGAGAUGGAGGACUUAGGCUAGGCGAGAUGGAACGUGAUUGUCUUAUAGGCUAUGGGGCAAGUAUGAUGCUAGUUGAACGUCUAAUGGUAUCAAGUGAUAUAUGUGAGGUGGAUGUAUGCAACAAAUGUGGCCUCCUAGGAUAUUGCGGAUGGUGCAACAGUUGCAAGAGUUCUGGACAAGUUUCAAGUAUUACUAUGCCUUAUGCUUGUAAAUUGUUAUUAACAGAAUUACAAUCUAUGAAUAUUACAGCUAGAUUAACACUUACUCAUUACUGUGAGUAA